AAAGCAGCGGAUCAAGUGCACUGUCCUGUAAUCGAUUGCCGAGCGCCUGGAGCGGCCAGCCUGUGCGUGCUGCCCGUCUGUGCCUAGGGAAGGCUGGCUGGCUGAGCGAUCCGUUUCUCUGGGUUUGACCAGCUGUCCCGGGCUAACCCCUGCCUGGCUCCGGCUGAACAUGGAGGAAGUACAAGCCGGAUUAGCCUUGGCUACGGCAACGCUGCUGCUACUGCUACUGCUGCUUUAGUUUCCCUGAGGCGCGCCGGCGCAGGCUGCACACAAAGGGAUGGGAGGCUGCUGGCACCGCUAAGUUUCUGCCUAGAAACCAUACGAUAUGCAUUUCAUGGAAAUGAGCCAAAACCAGGCUUGUGAAAGAGAACGCCAGUUUUCACAAAAUCUUAUCCAGACAGGCACCCCGGGAGCUCUGCAUCUUAAAAAAUUAAAGGCAUGGAACUCUGCAGGCGACCCAGAUAUAAGUACAGAAAAGACCGAGCAACCCAAAAAUCUCUGCACGUCGACUAUGGAAUCAGAGCGAUCUGAUGGCUAUGUAACGAGUGAUAAUGAGAUUGUCCCUGAGACAGAACAUUCCAACAUGGCCAUAGACCUGACCUCGUGCACGCCCAAUGGACAGCACUCCUCACCAACGCACAUGGCAAGCACAAACUCAGUGAAGAUGGAGAUGCAAAGUGAUGAUGAAGGAGAGGGGAAGCCUCUUCGUCGAGACACACCGCUGCAGCUACAAGAUGAUGAGAGUGGUCUAGAGGAGCCCCUGAUUGAUGCUAAUGGGAUGUCAGACAGCCGCAGCAGUCAGGAUAUGCCCCUUGAUGGUGGCAUACGGCUGCCGAAUGGUAAACUGAAAUGUGACGUCUGUGGCAUGGUUUGCAUUGGCCCCAAUGUGCUAAUGGUCCAUAAAAGGAGUCAUACGGGUGAGCGGCCAUUCCACUGUAACCAAUGUGGAGCAUCGUUCACUCAAAAGGGCAACCUUCUUCGCCACAUUAAGUUACACUCUGGGGAGAAACCUUUCAAGUGUCCAUUCUGCAGCUAUGCAUGCCGGAGGAGAGAUGCACUUACCGGCCACCUCAGAACACACUCCGUUGGCAAACCCCACAAGUGCAACUACUGUGGCCGAAGCUACAAGCAGAGAAGCUCUUUGGAGGAACACAAGGAGCGGUGCCACAACUACUUGCAAAAUGUAGGGAUGGAAGCUGGCCAAGGUAUUGUGCACCAUGCAUCUCCUAUGGACGAGUGUAAGAAUCCAGAGACCAUGAUGGAAAACAACAUGUCUCUAAUACCAUUUGAGAGACCGGCUGUUAUAGAGAGACUUGCCAGCAACAUGGGGAAGCGUAAGAGCUCCACCCCACAGAAGUUUGUGGGUGAGAAGCUCAUGAGAUUCGGAUAUCCUGACUUGCACUUUGAAAUGGCCUAUGAGAAAGAGGCAGAAAUAAUGCAGUCACAAAUGAUGGAUCAGGCUAUUAACAAUGCUAUCACGUACCUGGGAGCAGAUGCACUGCGGCCUCUCAUACACCACUCAGCAGCCGCCAUGCCUGAUGUUCCACCAAUUGUCAGUUCACUUUACUCUCAGGUCUAUCAUCCUGCCAGAGUGGAGAGACCCACCAGCAGGGAGACAUCAGACAGCAAUGAUAACAACAUGGAUGGUCCAAUCUCCCUUAUCAGACCAAAGAACCACCCUCAGGAGAGAGAAGCAUCACCCAGCAACAGCUGCCUUGAUACUACUGACUCAGAAAGCAGCCACGAGGACCGUCAAUCCUACCAGGGCAACCAUGCCUUAAAUUCAAAGAGAAAGCAGAGUCCAGUGUAUCCCAAGGAAGAUGGCAAAGCACUGGAUGCCACAAAGUCAAGCUUGGGUUCUUCCAAGGAUGUCUACAGAGUUUUCAAUAGUGAAGGAGAGCAGAUUAGGGCAUUUAAAUGUGAGCACUGUCGGGUGCUGUUUCUUGACCAUGUUAUGUAUACGAUCCAUAUGGGCUGCCAUGGGUACAGGGACCCACUUGAGUGCAACAUUUGUGGCCACAGGAGCCAGGACCGCUAUGAGUUCUCUUCGCACAUUGUUCGGGGUGAGCACCCCUUUCAAUAGCUCAUUAUUGGACUGGGCUGUUAUGAAGAACUGCACAUGAAGAAAUUCUGCACUUACCUUUCUCCUGACAGUCAUUACAUGUAAUGUAAAGGAUUCAUUUUUGGUUGCAUUCAUUUUUUUUUUUUUUUACAUUUUCAGUCACACGUUACAUACUGACCUUUACAGAAAAAAAGCUCUUUUCAGAUUUUCACACCCUAACAAAAUAAUAUCCAAUCUUACUAUGGAAACAGAAAACAGAGCAUGGAAUGUUACCUAUGGUCCAUUGUACUUUCAGUCUCUAACCACAAAAGGUUUGAGGGAUAGGCAGCUCAUUCCAAGUGUACUGUUGGCAGUGUCUGAAAGAGUUGACUAUCACAAACCCAUUUGCCAGGACCAUUCAGUCACACAGCAUUACACAGGGGCUGUUCACUAGUGUUGGCUUAAUAAUAAUGCCUAUUGGGUCUAACCUGACCAGCCACAGAUUUGGGCUAUCCCCAUGUUACCCAUUUUAUUACUUUGUUUAUUUUAAAGGAUGUUGAAAUAUUAGUAGCACUUAAAAGAUGAAACAAUGUAUGGAGAGUUUUGUACGUUGUUAAGUGUUGGUAAUCCUAUGAAACCGGGCAAAGAUCUUUAUCUGUUAAAACCACCAUUAUCCUCAUAUAAUCUAUGGCUUGCAGUUUAGUGCAUUUUUUGGCACUGAAAUUAGCAUUUUUAGCACAUGCUCCAUUAGCAGCAAAUGCUGUUUAGGGAACUUUACUCAAACCACAUGUGUCAUUUGUCAACUCACUGUAUAGUUGUUUUUUUUUUGAGGAGAGGGAACCCUGUGGCCUCCAUUAUUCCAAUCCCUUGAUUUAUUGAGCCACCCCAAGCUGCACAUACCAAGGUUAAACAUCUACAUGUGUAUUAAUGGCAUUUUGGUUUCAGCCCUAUCUUUUUUUGGAAUUUCUAUAUAACAGCAAUCACAAGAUAAAAUUUGGGUAUUUUAUGCUUCUGCCAACAGGAGAGAAAAUGAGUGUCUAUGACCCAGCCAUAUACCAAGGGCUUGAUUGAAAUUAAUCACAGUGGGUGUCUGAUUUUAUUGGAGUGUUUAUUGGGAUGUCAAUGGAAGGCAACUCGCUUGUGCCUUAAAAUGGCACCAUAUACUUGCACUUAAACUAUCAAAACAACUUCAUUGCCUCCCAUAUUUUUAUAUUUUAGACUGAUCACUACACAAGUAUGUAGAAUUUGCUCAAUUAGUUCCCAAGUAGUUCAUCCCUCAUAUUUUUUUUUUUUGUCUUAGAAUUAUGUUUCUUCUCUAAAGGCAUUUUGCAUUGUAAACCAGUAGUGCCACAUUCCAGCACAUACACGCAGAGCCACCCACUUGUGAUCAUGAAUUGGAACUGAGAAUCCAUAAACCAUUGAUUUUUGGGAGAAGACAACUAAAAAAUGCUUUUUAAUUCUUUUUACAGUAUUUGGAGGGUAUGAUUUGAAAUAUAGCAGGUCUUCAGGUAUUAUUGAGCUUAUAACCAGCACUUUUCCAAACAUCCAUCUAUAGAGUACUAUAGAGUACUAAUGCUAUAGAUGUACCCCCCAGACUCAAACUUUAUUGGCAUCAUCAGUCAGUCAACAGCUUAAGUAUACAUAUAGGAGAUGGAUACUCUGUAUUAUAAGUAAUGUAAGGGGAAAAAUUGGUCUUGACUAUCUAUUCUGUCCCCCCAAAUCUUCUUUCCCUCUUACUGUUACUAUUAGCUAAGGGCAAUAGAUUCUUUUUGUGGAGAUGCGUGAUUCUGUGGCUGUCAGUUUUGCUGAAGACCGACUAAUAACAUCAUCUCACCAUAUUCUCAUAUCUCUGACACAGAGUGUUAUGGUUAUGAGAAUGUUGUACUGUGAAUUGUCAGUCUGAUACCCUGUAAGAUUGGUUCUUAACAAGAGAUACAUAGAUCUUUGGAAUGUUCCCAUACCUCAUACAUACUUUUUUGUCAGUCUUAUUAUUCAGCCAACAUAAUAGAACAUAUUGGGUAGUGUACUCAACACUGAAUUUGUGAAGUACACACGUUUUUGGAAAGUCAUUGUGCUGCUAGAUCAUUGACAGGGCUAUGCCAUGGCCCAACACUGGAAUUCUGUGCAUUUCUACUGAUACCUUCUAGAUUAUGUAAUAAUAGCAAGACAAUUGUUAUUCAGUCUGUUUUACAAAUCACUUAGUGGUGGUUGUUUUUUUUUUUCUUCUUUGAAUAAUUUAACUCAACUUUAGGAUUUCUUGUGUCACCUCUGAUGGAUGGGGCUUCAGAAUGAUGUCCCAUAUCUAACCAUGGCAGAAAUACAAGGUACUUUUUGAACAGAAUGAGUGCCAUAAGUGGGGCAGGGAGUGAGGAAUGUGUCAUUGUGCACUCCCUCCAUCGAGGCCACUGAUUUCCUUAUCUUUUGGGUCCUAUGACCUGUGAUACACGUGGGAGCAAACUUUGGGAGAGUGAAGCACACUUCAGCUGGACACCGGUCAUUAAAUCCAAGACUUACCUCAAGUGACACCCCAUUGUGUCUGAAGAGGGUACUUCACUUUGUCCCUUUGCUAUGCACUUACUGGUGUCCAACAGCACUGGAAUCUUUUAUGUUUUUUUUUCUGCACAUUAAAACAAAGUUUGGACUUUGUGUUUUCUUAUACUGUGAUUAACAAUAUAACUGCAGGUCAUCAUUCCUGAGUAAUUGUUGAUAUUAUCACCUCACCUUCAUGUAGCAACAUUUCUUAAAUACUAAUAAGGGUGUACCAAACACAAGUCAUAUCCUAUUGACAGAUUCACAGGACAAAUGGUCUCCAGUCCAUAAAUACACUUAUCCUAUAUGUAAGGAUCCAAGGUCUCUACAUUUAAGCACAGGUGAGAGCAACUCACCUGAUCUGCCUGUGGUCAAGCAGAUAUACUCCUUUUACCCUGGCCUGAUACCCAGGGUAAAGGUCUCCAUCUAUAUUUUCAAUGUAAUGAAAGAAUCAAAAUUAAUGCAAUGAAUUCACAUGUGGAGUAAUGUAUAUGUUGUUUUAUUGAAUGAUGACACCCUGAACAAAAAGAGGGGCUAUUACUUGGUUAUAAGAGGAAUUUCGGUUAAAGUACCUAUUUAGGGAUGUCCUAUGCGACAUCCCUAAAAAUUUAUUUACAUUGAUUAGAAUUACACAGAAUUUAGAAUUUUACUACUACACCAGUUACUUUCUGCAUCUUAUAGGAGACCAGCAGUCACUUUCUAUUCUGCAAAACAAAAGAAAAAGCAGGCAGAAUAUGUUUCAUAAGCUGUCAGUACCAUUUGUAUUAGUUACCAGCUAUUGGUAAUUCAAGGCUUUAGCGGUGGCCAGGACUUCACCUUAGAAUUUGUAGUACUAUCUCUGGUACUAUAAGAUCCAUUACAUUUUUAGCUUUUAGUUUUUACAACUCUUUUGUAUCUGGCAGUUUGGCUGAUUAUGACCAAAGGGCUGACUAUCUGGGUAUGUAGGGGGUGCUUAUUAGACAGGUAAUCAUGUGAGAAGCUCCUCUUCACUCCUGCUGUUUUUAUUGUUCAUGUGGUCUGCCCAAGAAAGUAGAGUAAUAAAAAGGUAGCAACACACAUAUCCAUGUCCAUUCAGCCCAUGGGCCAAUCAGUGUGCCCUACUGGCUUGGCCUGUGUAUGGCUGCCUUCAGAAGAGAUCACAAAUAUUGAAGAUUGGCAAUAGCAUAUUAAGCUGCACGGUAGAGAGGCACACUAGGAAUGCAUAAAAGAGCAAAUUAAAAACCAUAAAAAACUAAUUAAAAACUUGUUUACAACUGCUUCCUCUGCGGCACACAUUUAGUUUAAAUGGGAACCACUCCUAUAAUAAUACUUUCUCAUAUCUUUCACCCUUAAAAAACUAAUUGGUACACCCUUAAUAGCAUGUUCCUUAUGCUGUUACUGCUGCGAAAGUUAGUAAAUGAGCUCCAAGGCUAUAACAGCGUAAGGCUUGUGCAAGUCAUUGCAUAUUUCAACCUAGAAAGAUCUCAAAGCCUUCUGACUUAAAAACAAAUAAAUAAAAGUAAAAAUCGACAUACAGGGAUAGGAAAAUGUCAGCUUAGCUGGUGGGGUAUUCCGUAAGUUGCAGUUGUGCAAGAGCUGAAGAAGCUAAUGCUGCCUGUCCCUGCUGUGUGCAUUGCUAUGUGCAGGUCUGUGCCUGCAAGUGGUAAAAUGAUUCCCAUAAACAUGGCAAGAAAAUUGGAGUGUAAAAUAUAAAUUUGUUAUAACAACUGUUUUGUUCAUUGCUUGUACAGUCUGUUUACAUAUUUUUGUACUGAAAUGUAGUUUUAUAUUUAAUACUGAGAAAACGACUGGUAAAGGAAAAAAACUGAUUCAAAUGAUUUGAGGGAACCGAAUGCUUAAGGUACUUAUUUGUAAUGCAUCUCUUAAAAAAUCUGUUAAUGACCUUGUAUAACUGCAGACUUGCCUUUUAUUUCCCUUGGUUUUUAAUUCUGGUUGUAAUUUGUUUCCUUUUUAUUUUGCUCUAAAAAUGUAUAUCUUUGUAUAAGAAACUGGACGCUUUUAUGCAUUUAUUAGAGAAAAACAAUUGCAAUUGUAAAGUUGUAAAUGUUCUUAUAAAGUAAUUUCUUUUUUUGUGGGAGGAAAAAAAAAUGUUUCUUUAAAUAUAUAUAUGGAUAUAUUCCAGAAGUUGAUGGG